GUACAGGGGGUCCUUUAAACUCCCUCCAAAAGAAAAACUAAUGUGCGCGGUGAUUAACUAAACAAAAAUAAACAAGAUUGGACUAAAUAGAAAAUGCACAGACCAACUGAAGAUGAUGAAAUGUCAGAACGCAUCUAACACACCAAUCCAGCAAGGAUGGGCAGACCAAGAUGAUGGAUACACGAUAGAAAGAAGAAAUAAAAUGACGGCCAUCGAUCAAACACAACUGAUUGAUUCGAUUGUGAAGACAGUCGAAUCGCAAGUCGAUAAAGAAAUAGAAAAAUUAGACAGUUUAAGUGGAUCCGAUCUUGAGCGCAUCCGAAAUGAAAGACUGGCUGCGUUGAAGAAAGAGGCAGAACAGAAAAGGUUAUGGCAAACAUUGGGCCAUGGUGAAUACUUGGAAAUAGACGAAAAAGAUUUUUUUUAUGUCACAAAAAAAUCUGGCAAAGUUGUAGCACAUUUCUACAAGAGUGAUGCUCCCCGCUGCAAAAUAUUUGACCAUCAUAUGAAAUUGUUAGCGCCAAGGCAUAUGGAGACGCGUUUUGUCAAACUUGACGCAGAAAAAUGCCCUUUCCUCACAGGAAGGUUAAACAUCAAAGUUAUCCCUACACUUCUGAUCGUUAUUGACAACAUAACAAAAGAUAAAAUCAUUGGAUUUACCGAACUCGGUAAUUGCGAUGAUUUUUCGACAGAAAUGCUCGAAUGGAGGCUAGGGAAAUCGGCCGCAAUUAAUUACGAUGGCGACUUAUUGCACCCACCAGAAAAGUUGAAAAUGCACCAGAAGAUACAGAGAAUAAACAAAAAGACCUCCGCGAUUAGAGGACGUGAAAGCGAUUGCUCAGAUAGCGAUUAAACUUUUACUUGGAAAAACACUAACACUGGCUUACCUGUCUACCUUUAUUGUAUUGCUUCUACUUGAAAAUAA